UGAAAAUGGUUUCACUUUACAUGUCUCUAUGAUGACAGCUUUCAAAAAUAUUCUCUUCAUUUUCACUCUCUCUGUGUUCUAAAAAGCAAAGCGCCGCCAUGUGUGAAUAUUAAGCAGCUCUUGUUUCCAUUUUUCUCUUCUUCAAGAAAAAAAGUUUCCUUCUUCCGGGAACACAACAAUUCCCCAAAGAAAUAGCAAAUAUUUCUAGCUUUGGGAGUUGUAAAAUUAAAUUUUCUUGUAUUCAUUUAUGGUGUGGAGCAGUUUCAAAAUCAAGUUUUUGACUGCCCAUUUUUUCAACUAAGCAAAAAGGCACAGUGUGUUAACGACUUGACUUUGAGCUGAAAACACAUGUGAAGUUCAAGUUAUCUUAGCUAAAUAUGGCAGAGAUGGAAAUAUCCUCAUCAAUGACAGUAGCUGGUGCUUCAUUACAAGAAACAAUUACACAACAAAAAUUUCCAGUAAAGAGGAAAAGAAAUCUUCCUGGCAAUCCUGAUCCAGAAGCAGAAGUAAUAGCUCUAUCACCAAAAGCUCUAAUGGCAACAAACAGAUUCGUGUGUGAGAUUUGUAACAAAGGUUUUCAAAGAGACCAAAAUUUACAGCUACAUCGAAGGGGACACAACUUGCCAUGGAAACUCCGACAACGUACGAGUAAUGAAGUGAAAAAACGUGUUUACGUUUGUCCGGAAGCCACGUGUGUUCAUCAUGAUCCUUCUAGAGCUUUAGGUGAUCUUACAGGAAUUAAGAAGCAUUUUUGUAGAAAACAUGGUGAGAAAAAGUUUAAGUGUGAACGUUGCACCAAAAAGUAUGCUGUGCAGUCGGAUUGGAAAGCACAUAUGAAGACUUGUGGUACUAGAGAGUAUCGUUGUGAUUGUGGAACUUUAUUUUCCAGGAGGGAUAGUUUCAUAACGCAUAGAGCAUUUUGUGAUGCAUUGGCUCAAGAAAGUGCAAGAUCUCAACCGUUGGUUACAAAUACUGAAGGAGAUUUGAAGGUUGAUGAAGCUGUUACAAAAGUGGCGUCGUCUUCUUCUAGUCCACCACCACAACCUUUAACUCCAUCAACUGGAGUUCUUUCUCCAGUUCUAUCAAUUCAAAGUUCAGAAUUGCCUCCAGACAAUCAAAAUCAAGGCGGAGUACAAUUACAACAAGCACAAGGUACAACAACACGCGUUUCUACCGUUACCACAUCCACCACAAUGUCCACUACUACUGCUGGUACUGGUCCUAGUAGUAGCAAGGUGUUUGCUAGUGUAUUUCCAUCGUCGUCGACUUCAGCUGAGCAAGCCCACUCGUCUUACUCGGAUAUUUUACGUGUUAUUGAGACCGAGCAAAUGACGACUGUAGAACCAAUGUCGCUCUCAUUGUCGUCUUCGUUUUACUUGUCCAAUAAUGGGCCAGCUUUAUUCCAAGAACACACAGGCCACGGCCUGCAUUACGGCUCAACAACAACACAACCUGCAUUAUCUGCAACUGCAUUGCUUCAAAAAGCCGCCCAAAUGGGCUCUACAACCUCGAACAACUCGUUUCUUCGUGGCCUCGGAUUGGCUAUGUCAUCAACUACCUCUGCACCGGAUGACAUUUCACUCGCCCGAAGGACUAAUUCUCUCGGACGCGUGAAGCUAGAGAGCAAUAUCGUAGAGGUACCAACCGGGCUUGGGGUGCAAGUUCCUACUAAUGGUCCUUCAGGAUUGACGGACUUGAUGAUGGGUCCGUCGAUAUCUCAUCAGUCUAUGAUGUUCGGAAGCAGGCCUCCAACACUUGAUUUUCUUGGUUUAGGAAAUGGUGCAAGUGGAACUCCAUCGAACGGGUUUUCAGCUUUUUUAAGCUCAAUGGAAGGUGGAUUUGGUGUUGUUGCAGAGCCUUGGGAUGACCCUUCUGAUAGAAAACCUGCUAUGCUCUAGGCUGGAAUUUGGUUGCAUUAAUGCAAAAUGAAAUCUUGAGUUGGAUAGAGUUUUUUGUUUGAUAUUAUAUUAUACAUAUCCAAUAGUUGAUAGGCAUAGAUAAGUUAUGCUCAUAAUCUUGAUGUUACACCCUUUUGGUCUCAGCCAAACUUCAUUUGAUUUUAGUUUAUUUUGGAUUCAUAUUAGGACAUAGAAGUUAGGGGACAAAUGAUAGAUGCACUAGUAGCUAUUAGCUAGGUUUCUACUCGUUUUGUAGUAAUUAUGUGAGAGAAUAAUUAAGUCCAGAAUGUGGAUGUUUCUCACUUGGGGAAA